AGUGGACACGAGUCUACUAGAAUGGAAUCAUACCGACAUGGAUUUCGAGCUGGGGACGGUGAGUCUUAUCACCAAUCCUCAUUAAUGCAACAUCGGGGAGGAUGUAGCGUAAUAGAUACACUUCUACGACCUGUUCUUGGAGAGGCCAUUCUUGAUGUCGGAUGCGGUACAGGGCGUCUAACGCUAGAAUUGGCGUCACGAGUUGGAGAGUCAGGUCGAGUUGUUGGCGUAGAUCCAAGUGAGAGUAGAAUUGAUAUUGCUAAAGCAGAGCUAGCAAAGCAAGACAGUCAUGCAGCUGCAGUCACCUACCUGCAAGGGAAUGUCAAAGAGGCUCGGUCACUGGGUCCUUUUGACGCAAUCUUCAGCAACUAUGUCUUCCAUUGGUUUGAGCGGGCUGAUCGUCAAGGAAUCGUCAGAGACAUUUAUGAGUGUCUCAAACCAGGUGGUCGUCUUGUGAGUCGUCUAAAGCCUUUACAGACACAACCCAAUAGUUGUACAAAUGAUGUCUUCGCUCUUGCCAUGCCAACCAGUGACUUUGAGUCUGCUUCUGGUCUAAAACUUGAUCCACCGGCUGUCUGGUCACAGAUUUUCACUGAAGCUGGAUUUUCAGUAGAGGUGUGUGAGGAGCGUGACGAAGAGAUAAAAACACCCAACCUUCAAGCAAUUCUUAGACUUUUGGAAAUAUCUGUUCCUAGUUUUAGGAUGCAGCUGCUUAAAAGCAGUGACGUAGAAAUAUUGAAUAAAAAGUACAGAACUGGAGAAGGAGAGGAAGUCAGCAUUGUUACAAAGGACCUCAAGAUUUUGGCAAAGAAGCCUGAAGCCUGAAGCAACAAACAAUUCAUUUCUGUUUGUAGAACUGUGAUCAGUACUUGAUAGCAACAUCAUGGUUUGUUGAUUUUAUGCUAACCCUAUGCUACUGCCUUAUGUAUUACAAGAUACAAAAACAUUAUU